CGUUGACGCUCGCCUCGUUCGGACGCCAUGCCCAGUCGGGCGCGGCCCAACAACGUCACUUCCGGUCGACACAGGAAGCCGGAAACUCAGAGCCUGUCAGCCGCCGGGUCUACCGGAAAGUUUGCUGGCCUGCUCCCAGGGUGCCCCUGAUGCCAAAUCCAGGGCUUUUGGUUCUCUUUGGCAGCCAGACAGGCACGGCCCAGGAUGUGUCGGAGCGACUGGGUCGCGAGGCCCGGCGGCGGCGCCUCGACUGCCGUGUACAGGCUUUGGAUUCCUACCCAGUGGUGAAUCUGAUUAAUGAGCCCCUGGUGAUAUUUGUUUGUGCAACCACAGGCCAAGGAGACCCCCCUGACAACAUGAAGAGCUUCUGGAAGUUCUUAUUUCGGAAGAACCUGCCGCUGACCUCCCUUUGUCAAAUGGACUUUGCUGUCUUGGGCCUCGGUGACUCCUCUUAUGCCAAGUUCAACUUUGUGGCCAAGAAAUUGCACCGCCGGCUGCUUCAGCUUGGGGGCAGUGCCCUGCUGCCUGUGUGCCUUGGGGAUGACCAGCACGAGCUGGGACCUGAUGCUGCUGUGGAUCCCUGGCUGCAUGAGCUGUGGGAGAAGGUGCUGAGGCUGUAUCCCAUCCUCCCAGGCCUCGAUGUGAUCCCCCCUGGAGUGCCCCUGCCCUCUACCUUCACCCUGCGCUUCCUCCAGGAGGCCCCCACAGCCUGCUCUGAGGAACAGCAUGCAGCCACCACAGACCCUGCUAACACCCCUUCUGAGCUACAGCCCUUCCUGGCCCCCAUGGUCACCAACCAGAGGGUCACUGGGCCCUCACACUUUCAGGAUGUCCGGCUGAUCGAGUUUGACAUCACUGGCUCCAGGCUCAGCUUUUCUGCUGGCAGCGUGGUGUUGAUCCAGCCAGAGAACACAGACAGCCAUGUCAGGCGUUUCUGCGAGGUGCUGGGCCUUGACCCUGAUCAGUACUUCACACUGCAGGCUCGGGAGCCAGGAGUGUCAUGCCCUGUGCAGCUGCCCCAGCCCUGCAUGCUGCGGCACUUGGUGGCCCGCUACCUGGACAUUGCCAGCGUGCCCCGCCGCUCCUUCUUUGAGCUCCUAGCUUGUCUCUCUCCCCAUGAGCUGGAGCGGGAGAAACUUCAGGAAUUCAGCUCUGCCCAAGGCCAAGAGGAUCUGCAUGAGUAUUGCAACCGGCCCCGCAGGACUAUCCUGGAGGUGCUCUGUGACUUCCCACACACAGCUGCUGCCAUCCCCCCAGACUACCUGUUGGACCUUAUCCCUAGGAUCCGGCCACGGGCCUUCUCCAUAGCCUCCUCUCUGUUGGUUCACCCUUCAAGACUGCAGAUUCUUGUGGCUGUGGUGCAGUACCAGACCCGCCUCAGGGAGCCUCGACGGGGCCUUUGCUCUUCUUGGUUGGCAUCUCUGGACCCAGGGAAAGGACUUGUCCGGGUGCCCCUGUGGGUACGGCCUGGAGGCCUGACCUUCCCAAAGACUCCAGAUACACCUGUGAUCAUGGUGGGGCCAGGCACUGGCGUGGCCCCCUUCCGAGCAGCUGUCCAGGAGCGUGUGGCACAGAGUAUGACAGGGCUACCCUGUGCUUCCCCAGGAAAUAUUUUGUUUUUCGGCUGUCGCUGGAGGGACCAGGACUUCUACUGGGAGGCUGAGUGGAGGGGCCUGGAGGAGAGGGGCUGCCUGGUGCUGAUCACAGCCUUCUCCCGAGAACAGGAGCAGAAAGUAUAUGUGCAGCAUCGCCUCCGGGAGUCUGGGCCACUGGUGUGGGAGUUGCUGGACCGCCAGGGUGCCUUCUUCUACCUGGCUGGCAAUGCCAAGUACAUGCCCACUGAUGUGUCAGAAGCCCUGACGUCCAUCUUCCAGGAGGAAGGUGGCCUCUCUGGCCCUGAGUCAGCUGCCUACCUUGCCAGGCUCCAGCAGAUGUUGCGUUUCCAGAUGGAGACAUGGGCCUGAGGGGCCAUGCUGUGCCUAUGUCGCUCACUGCUUGGGGGCCAUCAUCAUCUCCCACUCCAUCUGAGACCAGGAAGGAGGAUGCCAGCUCCCUUGUCUUUCCCCACCUCAAACUCCCCCACCCCCAACUCGGCUCUAAUUGCUCACCAUCCAUGCCCCAAACCUCCCCUGGCCAUUCCCCACUAGUGUCCAGGCCUAUGCCAUCUCUCCAGGUUCAUUGACCCAGGAAGGUGCAAGCAGCAUAUGUCAGCCUAGGCAUGCAGGUGCCAGGGCCCUGGAGGGGCUGAAUUCCCCUCCUCAGCCCUGGGGACAACUAGUUCCCAGCCUCCCUUGGCCAUGUCUCCAUGUCAUGUGACAAAAUACCAGGUGCUGUGUGUGGGCCCUGCUGGGCACAGACAACAAGAUCCAGUGUAGUGAGAGGUGUCCAAGUCAACACUUCCAACCUCACCCAUUCUGGGAAAAAUAAAUCGUGGAUCCUGAA